AUGAGAGGACCAAAGAAGCAUCUUAAACGUCUUGCCGCUCCAAAACACUGGAUGCUCGACAAACUCGGAGGAGUUUUCGCUGUCAGACCAAACCCAGGACCACACAAGCUCCGCGAAUCACUCCCAUUGAGUUUGUUCCUCCGCAACCGUCUGAAGUACGCUCUCAACUACACCGAGGCCAAGAAAAUCCUUCUCCAAAGAAUCGUCAAGGUCGACGGAAAGGUCAGAACCUGCCACAAAUUCCCAACUGGAUUCAUGGGUUAGUUUUAGAUUCACUGAAGUAAUAGGCUUCAAGGCCAGGCAUCAACAUUUUAUAUUUCCUUUUUUUUUAGAUGUCGUCAGCAUUGAACGCACCAACGAGUAUUUCCGUAUGCUCUACGACACCAAGGGACGUUACGUCGUUCACAGAAUCCAAGCCGCCGAAGCUGAGUUCAAACUGUGCAAGGUCCGCUCAGUCCGCACCGUCAUCAAGGGAGUCCCAAUCCUCACCACCACCGACGGACGCACCAUCAGAUACCCAGACCCACAUGUCAAGGUAAUUUUUUGGUGAAUUUUCAGCUUAAAACAUGUCUUUUUUGAGGUCAACGACACCAUCGUCUUGAACAUCAACUCUGGAAAGAUCAAUGACUUCGUCAAAUUCGAGCCAGGAAACUUGGCUUACAUCACCGGAGGUCGUAACGUUGGUCGUAUUGGUAUCAUCGGACAUCGUGAAAGACUCCCAGGAGCUUUCGACAUCAUCCACGUUAAGGAUGCCGCAGGACACUCCUUCGCUACCCGGUAAGUAUAAAUGUAGCAAACUAAAGGAGAAAGAAGGUCGGGGACCGCGAGGGUCGUAAACGUCCGGCUAAGGUUGGUUCUCUUUCAUUUCAAUAUUGUUCAGUAUCUCCAACGUCUUCGUCAUUGGAAAGGGAAACAAAGCCCUCGUCUCGCUCCCAACUGGACAAGGAGUCCGUUUGACAAUCGCUGAAGAGCGUGACAGACGUCUCGCCCAAAAGCACUAA